GACACCUUUGCUUCUGCUUCUGUUACAGUUGACUGCGCACAGUACGGAGAACAGAUACCGCUUGCAAUCUGAACACAACCAACGGUGAGUACGCUACCACAGCGACUGUAACCGACUGCCUUUUUGAGUCUUUCAAGUCCACUAUCAUUGGCAGUAAACCGCUUCAUGUUUAACGAUCAGAAUCCAGAUAACACGCUCACUUGUUUUGCCAUAGAUGUCAUAGUCGCGAUUCAGAUCCCAGGUACUGGAUGGUUCCCAGCAAAAGUAUAUAUCACAACGUAUUCUACCACAUUCCACUUCGCAUAAAACACCACCCAUCGCUUAAAUGAAAGAACUGCAUGGGAUACUUGUAGGCUUCUACUGCGCGGAGACAAUGCAUGAUACUCGUAGCGCACCGUGUUUUUAAAUCACUCUUUGGUGCUAACGUCCGCACGGGUUUUGAUAAAAUGCCGCUUGCUUUAAGACAUGUUCGUCUUGGCUUUAUUUUUGAUAUUGUGGUCCAUCUAAAUCUGUAUCUACUCACACUGGAUCAAUCUUGACCCCGUUCAUUCAGUGCUUCGAGAUCAGGCUAAAAGUAAACAAGAUCUUUUGAGAAUCAAGCUGUGUGGAUAUUUUGUACCUGUCUUAUGCAGAGCAAGUACUGCCAGUGAUCGCUUCCUUGGACCAGUUCCUUUAUCAUGCCAACUUCCCUAUCCGAUCUCAGGUUUUCUCUUUUGUCCUGUUCAUGCAUACUUGGUUUAUUGGUGUCUAUCUCGCUGCCCCAUCUGUCUGCAAUGGACAUGGUUCGCCUAUAUUGGGUUCCAUCUGAAGGUGGUCACCAAAUAACACAGCUAAGGUUUGGUGUAUGGGCCUUUUGUUUGGAAGUGCCGCCAAGUGCUCGAUCCUGCUCAGGUGCUGGACCCGCUUAUCCUCUCUAUAUGCCCAUGCUUGGUGCCAGCAUCUCCAGCUCUUGGACUCGUGGGCUUGUAGCACAACCGAUCGCUAUGAUUUUUACCAUCCUCGCACUAUCACUUUCGUCGUCACACCGUCUCAGCGCUAGAUUUUUGACCGCAAUUCUUGCCACAUUCUUCACCAUUCUCUCAUUCGCUGCCCAAAUCGCACUCCUCAUCAAGGUGAAGACUGAGCUAGGCAAGCUUAACAACAACCUUUUUCGAGAAAGCACGAAACCUGGAGCCGGCUUUUGGCUGUCGUCUAUAUCUAUGGUCAUGCUGUCAAUCGCGACGUGUUUGACGUUUUUCGAUGAGAGAGAGUGUAACAUAUCGGAGAAACCUCGCUAUCUUCCCCUCAGUGAUCCCGAAAACUGACCUCUUUGCUGCUGUUGUGGGGCAAAAGGAGUCAUAAUACGGCCUGGCCACAUUGGACCUCGGAUGCAGGAAGGUCUUCACCAAGUUAUGAAAUAGAUGAUACCCUACAGGACCAAAAAGGCUAAGAGCAGGAAAUCUUAGACGAUAUAGCAAAUACUAUAAUCGUAUCAUACACUUAAUAAUAAUAGUCCCAGC